UCGAAAAUCUCUAAAACAGUUUUCAAUUAUGUCAAAUUAGUUUUGAAAUCAUUAAGUGCGCUUUAAUAUUCUAUAAAUUAUACUAUUUUUAUAUCGAUAUAGCAAUGUAUUGAUAAAAAAAACAGUCAAGACAUAACCUAACCUUAAAAUCUUAACAAAAACAAACAGGAAUGGCAACGAAAUUUGAGGCUGCUGCUUAUAAUUUCCGAAAAAAAUGCCCGUACGUGAGCAAGGACCUGCUCCGAUGGUUCCCGGGUCACAUGAACAAAGGUUUAAAGCAAAUGCAAAGGAAAUUGAAGUCUGUCGAUUGUGUAAUCGAAGUUCAUGACGCCAGAAUACCGUUUACAGGCCGAAAUCCUAUAUUUACAAACACACUGACUGGCGCUAAGCCUCAUAUACUAGUGCUAAAUAAACAAGAUUUAACGAUAAGAUCUUUAUUACCGAAAGUAAAGGACCAAUUGAAAAAUGAAGAGGGAAUCCAGAAUGUAGUGUAUACGAACUCUAAGGAUCAAAACUGUCGGGGCUUAAAAACUUUGCGACCUCUCAUGGUGGAUAUUAUAAAGAAUUCCAACAGAUAUAACCGUAGUGAAGAACUGGACUACAAUGUGAUGAUCAUCGGUGUGCCAAAUGUCGGGAAAUCGUCCCUCAUCAACAUGCUGAGGAGUAGAAACAUGCAUAUGAAACAUGCUCUGCCUGUCGGAGCUGUCGCUGGAGUCACCCGCAGCCUCAUGAUGAAAAUCAAAAUAAACACUAACCCUGAUAUAUUUAUGCUCGAUACACCAGGCAUCCUGGAACCUUCAGUCAGUAAUAUUGAGAUGGGACUCAAGCUGGCUCUGUGCGCAUCGCUGCAAGACCAUCUGGUGGGGGAGGAGAUCAUCGCAGACUAUCUGCUGUACUGGCUCAACAGCCAUGGCCAAUUCCGAUAUGUAGACUACAUGGGCCUCACUGAGCCGUGCGAUGAUAUUAAUAAGGUAUUAAUAUCAGGCGCUUUGAAAUUCAACCGCGUACGACGGACCCGAGACUUCGACGGACAGCUCCGGGACGUGCCGGACAUCACGGACGUCGCCCGGACGAUGAUACGCGCGUUCCGGACAGGGGAACUGGGCAGGACGUUGCUGGACAUUGAUCUGUUGAAGAGGGACCGGGAUAAAGCAGAACACAGUUUAGCGUAGAACUGUCGAAUCAUCAAGUUAAUAGCUGAAGCGGGCGUAUGCCAAAGAUAUCCCAUGAAUAGCUGGGAUUUGUAUCAGAGAUUUUUCCACUUUCUACUUCAUACAUUAGUUACGUCUUGCUGUAUCUGUUGCUGUCCUCUGGAUAUUUGCUUGAAUCGCAUCAUUACUGCAAAAACGAAAGGCAUCAUCUGCAAAUGUUGCAUCAUGCAACAGUGACGUCUGAUGAGAAGUACGUUGCAUGUAAAGAUGAUAUUCAGCACAGGACCUAGAAUAGUGCCUUGUGGCACUCCAGCAGUACACUGUACACCUGUAGAAACCGGAUCUCGCAUCUUGUUCUUUUACUUGAAAUAAUCUGUCAUUUAGGUAUGACUCUAAUAUGGGGAACAAAGAGGGGUUAGAAUUUUUUAAUCUUGCAUAAAAGGCUUUUGUGCCAAGCCUUAUCAAAUGCCUGUUGAACAUCAAGGAAGGCUGCAAGCAAUAUUGUUUUCUACAAGGCUUUGAAGAGUUAUUUAUUGAGGGAGAUAAAAUAAUGACACUCACAAAUAACUUGGUUUUUCAUUGGUAAAAGCAUUUUCAAAAUCAUUUCAGUAUAUUUGAUUUACGAAUCUCUUAUUUUGUUUUCUUUCACAUGAUACUACUUAUAUUUACUAGAAAUAUUGAAUGAGUCAAUACGAUGUAUCGGUUACUCGAUAUUCCAGUGGGACGGUGAUUGAAACAAUAGCACCGGUAGCGGCUCGAGUUACCUACUUCGUCAGUUUUUACGGAUGACGCGUUUCCCACACCGGUAUCGAAUUCCGUAUUGACAUUAACAUACGAGCUAUUGACCUCUGAUGAUCCGGUAUAAUUAAUGUUACCUAGUUUAUUAAAUCAGUCAGAGAUAUAUUCUACUUCAGCGGUAUGUUAUAAGCCUAAAAGCCAAACGGACUUGUCGUCGCCAUUCUUAAGACAGAGAAUAUUGAUCAUAUUUAUUGGCAAAUAUUUUUUUAAAGAAUAAAAGGAAGUUCCUACCUACCUAUUUAUUUGAGACUUAUGAGCGUAAUGCGGGGCUAACAAAAAGAUGUUCAGACAGAUAGACAAAAUAUUAUUGUAAUUGUUGAUGGGUACGACGGGAAUGACAAGUUAUUCAUAGUAAAAGUCUCCAAAAAACAUAGAUAUAAGUACUUAAGGCAAUGAAAAAUUUGUGAACACGCCGAGAGUAAGAUGCCAGCAAACGGCUCAGUACGGAAAACAAUAUUUAAGAAAACAAACCUAAUGACAAAAAUCGUAUCAAAUUCUGAUGCGUUUCCAAAAAAUCAUUUAAAAAAGUAGAUUAUACUAUAAUGUCUUCAUAAUGUAAAAAUUGUUUGGUUAUUAUAUAAUGAAUAUAAAUAAAAUAAGCGAUUGUAUAGUCAGUUGGAUAACAGUGAGAACCUACAUCAUUACUUAUUAACAGUUAAGCCAUUAGUGUAGAUGUAAAUAUUGUAUA